AUAUUUUUUCUGAAACUGUACAAUAGGUUUCCCUACUGCAUUUUUUUUUAUAUUUUCAUGAAACAGUGAUGUACAGAGAGUGCGAGAACUCGUUAACUGACGGUAUUACCGCGCUAACGCAAGGUCAAAGAGGGGGAAAACAUGCCACGAAACUCGGGCACGAGCUCUCUCUACUUGCUCCACGCGACCUCGCUUCCAUUCUUGUCGGAUAAAAAACCUCAAGAGAUCCGCUGAACCACCACGUACCCUACCAUGUCGUCCUUCGACUCCGUCACGGCAGUUGCCGGCGACGACGACCCGCUGAUGUCACAGACUCCCUUCGAUCCUACCGUCGAUAUCCCCGGCGUCUACAAUGCCGACGACAGUGGGGGACAUACCUUGCAUCGCGGCCACCGCUUCGCCACGUCCUACUCGUCCUUCGGCACCGCCCUCUCCGAGGACGACCUUGCCGGGAUCGCGGGCGACGGUGGGUACGGCGGCUACGGCAUGCCGCCGGACUCGAAUGGCGCCGGCUACGGGUACAUCGGUGUCGAGGAAGUGAUGGGCGUGCAUCACGGUGGCAUUAGUGCCGGUUUCCACGGUGGUGGCAUUGUUGACGACGUGUUCGUCGGGGCUGUCCUGCCGCCGCCAGAGGCCAUGCGAGAGGAGGGCAUCCUCCGGCGUGAGUGGCGUCGGCAGAACAGGUUGACGCUGGAGGAGAAAGAGCGCAAGGAGAAAGAGCGGCGCAGCGAGAUCAUCGCAGAGGCCGAUGAGUUCAAAAAAUCUUUCCUCGAGAAGCGCAAGAUGAACUGCCAGAACAAACGGACACAGAACAGAGACAGGGAGAAGGCAAGCAUGCAGUUCACAGUUCACACUGACUGCACACAUUUAUCUUCUUAUUAAGUUAGGCUGAGUGUUCAUUCACAUGAUCGAAAUCAAAUGCAAAUCAUGUAUGUAUCAGCUGUUCUUGGCGAACCAAGAAAAAUUCCACAAGGAGGCGGACAAGCAGUACUGGAAGGCGAUUGCGGAGCUGGUCCCUCACGAGAUCCCG